AUGGCUUGCUCCCACGUUCACUGCUCCCAUCACCAAGAGCACCUCAUCAACCACUGCUCUCGCCCAGCUGCUGGCCAUGCUUCCCCCUUGGUUGACACGUCUGGAACAGCCCCAGGAAAACGAUGUCCCACCUGUCAGAGCAAGGGCACAGAAGUCUGGGUCUUGCCUGGACGAGACUGUCCGUAUUGCGGAACAUACGUUGCCUGA